AUGUCAACUUCAGAUAAAGAAGAGCCUUCCUCUUCCUCCUCCGUAACUUUUAGGUUGACUCUGGGCCGCUUCGCAGAGGGUCCGGGUUGUUCGAGCUCAGGCAUGUUGCCAGCUUCAUCCGAUGAUGCAAUCCUUGUAGUUCUGUGCCUUUUUGUCCCCUGGUGGGAUAGAGGCAGCUAUAAGCAGCGCACAUCCAACACUUCCGUGACAAUAGGGGGGCAAGAAUAUCCUGUGGAUAGCUGGACCAAUGUUACUCCCGCAAUUGUUGAAAAAAUCCCCAUGCAACUGUACCUCAAACCACAUCACCCAUUAGGAAUAAUGCGUUCGCUCAUUGAAUCCAGUUUCUCCGGCUUCUCUUGCUUGAAUGUACCAUCUCCCGUCGUUUCCACGCACCAAAAUUUCGAUGAGCUCGGCUUUCCGCCAGACCACCCUGGACGCAGUGUCACAGAUACUUAUUAUAUCAAUAAGGAAACCGUGCUACGAACGCACGCCUCUGCUCACGAGAUUGAAAUAUUUAAGCAAGGCCACGAUAUGUGGCUUCUCACAGCUGAUGUUUAUCGGCGGGACGAGAUCGACUCCAGUCACAGCCCUGUUUUCCAUCAAAUGGACGGCGCUCAACACUUCGCGACGGAUGAAGCAUCGAUGGAUGCUUUACAGGAGGAGAACGAAAGGCUCGGGAAACAGCUGGCCUCGUCUAACAUCAUCAUCGUGGACAACACCAAGGUUGGUCCCACCAACCCAUAUCAAGAAGGCCACCAGCCAAAACAUGCGGAGCUCGUCGUCGGGAAUAUGAAACACUCUCUCAAUAGAAUGAUCUAUAAUUUGUUCUCUACCAGGCGAGACGGGAACUCAGAGCCUCUAAGAGUGAGAUGGAUUGAGGCAUAUUUCCCUUUCACGAGUCCCAGUUACGAAGUCGAGGCCUUCUUUCAGGGAAAAUGGCUGGAGAUCCUAGGGUGUGGCGUUAUGAAGCAGCGCACAUUAGACUUUUCGGGGUUACCUGACCGUAUCGGGUGGGCUUUCGGACUCGGUCUUGAACGACUUGCAAUGGUUCUCUUCUCCAUUCCUGAUAUACGCUUAUUCUGGUCGAACGAUCCGCGCUUUCUUAGUCAGUUCACACCAGGGGAAAUUACAACCUUCAAGCCAUACUCCAAGUAUCCGCCCUGUUACAAGGACGUUAGUUUUUGGGUACCAAAGCAUAAAAUCGUGCAUGAUAACGACUUUUGUGACGUUGUGCGGGAUGUGGCUAGAAAUUUAGUAGAAGACGUAAAGAAAAUUGACGAGUUUGUCCACCCAAAAACUGAACAGACGAGCGUUUGUUUUCGGAUCAACUACCGAUCCAUGGAUAGAUCACUUUCAAACGAGGAAGUGAACAAAAUCCAGGCUCAGGUCUCCAAUGCUCUUGUCGAGCGUUUCCAGGUUGAACUCCGAUGA